AUGGCCGUAUCGACUGCGUCGGCCUUUCGGCCAGGACGCAAACAGUCGGUGUCAUCGGCCAAUGCUCCCUACUUGGAUUCACCGUCUAUGCCACCGCCGCCGCCGCUCUCUUCGUCGUCGCACCACACACCAAACGGCAUCCUGCCACCCCAUGCCCAUGCGCAUUCACACUCACAGACACCCUCGCCCGCACCGACACCGCUGUCGGCCGCCUCGAUUGCCAGCUCGGUGACGCUGCGAAGCCCCUCGGAUGGCGGCAUCGGCAGCAGCCUCAUCUCGCCCGGUGGUGCGCCCGUGGCAGCCAACACGAUCGGCAACAAGCCCGCCGUGGCAGGCUCGAGUCUGUACCAGGCCUGCCUCUCACUUCGCGAGCGCCUCUGGUGCGUGCCAGGCUUUGGCGACGCCUUUCUGCUGCCCCAGGCCGACGAGGCUUCGCCCGUGCUCGCCCAGCCAGAGGCCUCGUCGCCUCCAUCGCCCAAGACUACCACGACGACGCGCAUGCAGCCUUCGGACCCCGUCUCGCAGCUGUGGAAAUGCUUCCGGACAGGCGCACCCCUCUGCUGGCUCAUGAACCAGCUCGGCCCAGCGACGGUGCUGCAGAUCAGCUCGGACCCGUCGCGGAGCAAUGCAAAUGAGUGCAAGAAGCAGGUCGCCAAGUUCAUCAUUGCCCUCAAGGCCGAGCUCGGCUGGGACCCCGAUGACAUCUUCACCGUCUCGCAGCUCUACCUCAACGACACCAAUGGCUUUGUCAAGGUCGUCAAGACGAUCAGCAAACUCCUCGAUGUCUUUGAGCAGCGCGGCCUGCUCACCGAGGCGCCCAAGACGGCCGACGCCGACGAGUUUGAGAAGCCGUCGGACGAGCGGACGUGGAUUGUGCGCGAGCUGCUGAGCACUGAGCGAAAGUAUGUUCAGGACCUCGAGGUGCUGCAGAGCUACGCGAGGGCGCUGGCGCAGAACGACAUUAUCCCCACCGACACGAUCCACCACCUGUUUGGCAACCUGAACACCCUCGUCGACGUCCAGCGCCGCUUUCUCAUCUGCGUCGAGGAGAACGCCAGGCGGCCGGCCGAUGAGCAGCACUUUGGACACGUCUUUCAGACCAUGGAAUCCGACUUUGCCGUCUACGAGCCGUUUUGCGCAAACUACGCCCAGGCCCUGGACAUUAUCAACACCGAGGCACCCAACCUGACGCAGCUGCGAGGCCUGCCGGGCUCUGACGGCUGCUACCUCGACCCGUCAUACGAGCUGCCGACAUUUCUGAUCAAGCCGGUGCAGCGCAUCUGCAAGUACCCGCUGCUGCUCGAGCAGCUGCUCAAAAAGAGCGGCGAGGACGCGCCAAACUAUGCCGAGCUCAGCGACGGCAUCACCGUCAUCCGCAGAAUCACCGACAAGGUCAACGAGACCCGGCGGCUCCAGGAGAACAUCCAGCUCGUGCGCGACCUCGAGACGCGCGUCGACGACUGGAAGGGCCACACAAUCAACACCUUUGGCAACCUGCUUCUCUCCGACGUCUUUAUGGUCUCCAAGAGCGAUACGGAGCGCGAGUACCACGUCUACCUGUUUGAAAAGAUUCUGCUGUGCUGCAAAGAGGUGCUGCCAAACCAGCCGAAAAAGGGGAGCAAGAGCAACUCGCUCCUCAAGCAGAAGCAGACGGUCACGCCGACACCGCCGGGCAAGAAGCCAAAGACGCAGCUCCAGCUUAAAGGACGCAUCUUUAUCAACAAUGUCACGGGCGCCUUUUCCGCCUCGAACAGCAAGGUUGGCUCUAUGCUCGGCACCACACCCGCUUCGGGCCAGUAUGCGUUGCAGGUCUGGUGGCGUGGCGAUGUGGACCAGGAGUCGUUCAGCCUGCGCUGCAAGAACGAGGAGCAGCUCAAGCAGUGGCAGGCGGCCAUCACGAGGCUCAUCGAGGACAUCAACCAGCGCCGGCAGCACAUGGCUGCACACUACAGCCAGACGGGCGGCAUCUCGCCUGGCUCGAUCAACAUGGCCGGUGCAGGCGCCAACGGAAGGAGGAACACGGGCAGCUCCCUCGGACAUGGCCCCUCCAUCUUCCCCCAGACGCCGCUGACAGAGGUCGCGCCUGCGUUCCCAUUUACGAGAACCGACUCCCAGUCGAGCCAUCGAGGACUGAGCAACGCUGGCACAGCAUCCGCCGCCGUCGCGGCAGCCGUCGCAGCAAGCGGCGACGACGAGUCUGGCUUCGAGCCUGCUUCGGGCCGCGGCACGCCCCUGGGCGGCCGAUACUCGCAGCCGGCGGAACAGAGAGAACGGCAAAUGUCGCUCACGGCUGAAUCCAGGCCGAGGGCAAGGACAGAGGACCAGGAAGGCUCGCUGAUGUCGCAGUGGCGAUCCCACUCGCCCGCCAUGCAGCCCUCGAUGCCGGCCAGCAGUGCAAACUACCCCUACGGCCAGGGUCAGGGCCACCCUCCCCUGCCGAGGGGCUCUUCUUCGAGCUCCAACAUGGACCUCCCCGGCACAGCCUCGCAGCAGUCCCACCCCACAUUGUCGACACAGCAGAUCCGCAAGGCGUCGAGCAGCCGGCAGCUCCGCCAGCCGGGCUAUGCCACCAUCCAGGGUGGCUACCCAAGACCGCCGCGCCAGGCUGCCUUCAAUGGCGGUGUCGGCGGCGGCAGCAGCAGCAGCAACGGCAUCGACAUGUCGUCUUCAGACGUCGACAGCCCCUCGGAGCAGCUCGAGAGCCUGUCUUUUGGGCCGAGGAGCAACCUUCACCGAGGGAGCGAGACGUCUGCGCAAGCGGCGGCAGCAGCAGCAGCGGCAGCGCAGGCUGCCAUGCAUACAAGGAGCCGAUCGGCGAGCAACCCGGCGCAGUAUGCGAGCCCGUUACCGAUGGCACCGCCUCCACCGAUGCCGAGAGGGCCCUACGUCCACACCAGCAUCAACGAGCAACAACAGCAACAGCAUCAGCAGCAGCAGCACCAACAGCAACCGCCCGCCUCGCAUCCUAUCCAACAUCAGCUCAACGACAAGCGCUUCAGCUCGUCGAGCAUCUCGACGCUCGAUUCGGCCCGCUCUGGUCAUUCAAGACCUGGCUCUACGGCCGCGAGCUCGCCCAUCACGCUCAGUGGCGGCAGCUCCGGCGGCUCUGUCUCGAGCAGUGCCAUCAAGCUCAACGUCACUUACGAGGGCGAGCGCGUCGUCGUCGUCACCCUGGCUCAGAUUUCGUAUGCGGACCUCGUCGAAAAGAUUUCAAAGAAGCUGCGCCAGGUCUUUUUCUCAUCGUCGCCCUCGAGCAGCAGCGGCUCGGCGAGCCACCAGCACCUUGCGGCGCAGAACCUCAAGAUCCGCUAUGUCGACGAGGACGGCGACAAGGUCUGGAUGGGCAACGACGACGAUGUGCAGAUGGCCUUUGAGGCGGCCCGAAACGGCGGCCAGGAGGGUGUCGAGCUCAUCGUCGUCAACUCCGCCUCAUAG